AUGCCGGGGAACGGCUCUCGCAGCCGGGAUGGCUGUUUCAACUGUCGCAGGCGCAAGCGGCGAUGCGAUGAGGAGAAGCCAGUCUGUCGUCGCUGUCGCAAGAUGGGUGACAACUGCGUGUUUCCGGAACCUGCUUCUGCGUCGAACCCUCUCAAGUUUGUUGUUGCGGCUUCACCGGAUCACUACAUUGUGCCUAUUGGAGGCUCAGAAAAGGGCGCCAGCUUCUUGAAUCUAUCGCCCAGGGAACUUGCAACCAUUUGGAACAAGAUCCAGGGGGAUCAAGAGCAGGAAUCUCGGGAGGUCCUGGACACACGAAACAUUCAGUCUCUUGUUCCAAUCCCCCAAGUCAUCUCACCAUAUACCGUUGGUCGACAGUAUGAUGGCCAGUCCAUCGAAUCGGCCCUUGUGCAGUAUUAUGUCGAAGUCAUUAGCAGAAGCAGAGUCUACGUGCAGACAGGACGUAAUGGCUUCCGCACUUCUGUCAUCCCCCGGGUUUUAUACAACCAGGGACCUCUCCUCUCAGCUGUCCUAGCCAUGAGCGCUGCAGAGUGGGCUCACGAUAUUGUUGUGGAUGGUAGAGACUACCGUGCGCUGUCGACGCAGUACAAGGUUCGCGCCCUUCAAGAGCUCCAGCAUACUCUACCAGAUCCUCAGAGUUGCGAGGGAAAUCUCUUGACUUGCGUCCUCCUCGCUUCUCUAGAGAUAGCUCAAGGAUCCCGCCCAGCUUGGCUGCGCCAUCUUCAGGGCGCACUGGCUCUCAUCGACAGCUUCGGAACAACCAUUGACCCCAGCGUGGCCCAGUUUGCGCUGCAAUAUUUCCGCUUCCGCUACGUCCUGAUGGAAACGACAAAACCUACUGGACGGUCACAGGAAGCCACUGACUCAGUUGACCAGGCGAUGGCUGGUCUAGCUAGAGCCGAGGUUACCCUUCCACUCCAUGAGACCCGAGGUAUUAUCGAUGAGCAGAUGGGCUGUUCUAUGGACCUCGUCGACAUCAUCAAUGAAAUCUCUGCUCUGUCACUUGCCUCGGAUGGCCACGAUGACACCGUGUCCAAGGAUCAUCUCUAUAUGAAGGGUCAGGAGCUGGAACACCGUAUCGAUCAGCUCUCGACCCAGGAUAUCAGCACGGACGAAUAUCUGCUCAAGAGUGCAGAGUCAUUCAGGAUUGCAGCUCAGAUCUACCUCAGGCUGGUCUGUUACAAUACCCCAAUCACCCACCCAUCGAUUCUGGAGCCCCAUGAGGCUCUCCUCUCGUGUCUGUCAGAUAUCAUCUCAGAGAGACAAGCGAGGCGGUCGUUUCCGAUGUGGCCCCUUUUCCUGACCGGCUGUGCAUGCUCAUCAGAUGAGCAGCGCAAGCCGGUUCUGGACUAUUUCACGUUGCUGGACAGCAAGUGGCCGAUCAGCAACAUCUCGGCCGUCUUUCAGGCUGUCCGAACUGUAUGGCAUACAAGGGAUUUGAUUUCGUCUUCGAAUUCAUGUACAAACCAGGACUGGAGGGAUGUUAUUCACAAGUUUGGCUGGAAACUGUCUCUAUCGUAA